AUGUCACAGAAGUCACGGAGCCCAAGUCUUCUAGCAGAUUACUUGAAGUCUGUCCGACUCUUUACGAAGAAGUGUGUAAAGCCAUCAGGAAAAGAGUUUGCCAUGUCAGUGAAACGCCACGCCAUUGGAAUAGGUUUCCUUGGGAUCCUGGGAUAUGCAAUAAAGCUGAUACACAUUCCGAUCAAUAACAUUAUUGUGAGUAACCCAAACAAGGAAUAA